GGUUAAUGACAAAGGGUUGAUAACUGAGUGAAAGUAAAAUAAAAUUGAGUUAACAAUUUUAUUGAGUCAGUUUUAUUUCAGUUUAUUUAUUUGAGUCAUGUGAUGUGUGCCUGUUUGGGAUUGUGCCCAUGAGUGCAGGUGGAGGCCCAAGGCCUCAUGGAGCUUGAGUCACAGGUGGUUGUGAGGCACUGAUGUGGGUGCUGGGAAUCAAGCUUGGUUUCAAACUUGUAGGACAGUGAAUGUAAAGAGUCAGUAUGGGCUAAAUAGGGACAUUUUUACAAAGUAUAUGCAGAGAAAAGGUUGGGCAGGACGAAUUAAGGAGCAGCUUUCAUUCUCCGUAGAACAUAGGAGAUUAAGCGGUAAAUGAGACCUUGGUGGUAGAUCAGAAUACCAUUAAACAGAAAGAUUAUUCUUUUAUUUGUUUCUUUCACUGUCAGCCAGAUGCUAAGGACUUGAUUCCCAGCGCCUACGAACACCUGCAUCUUAAUUUGGAAACUUCAUGUUGUUUAAUAUUUUCUCACAGCUAAAGGGUGGGAGAUCUGCAGUGAAUUCUUCCUAACCCUAAGUUCAAAAUCAUGUCUUUUUGUUUCCUGGAUCUUCAUAAAAGUAAGAAGUGGGGCUAGGCAUGGUGAUGCACACCUUUAAUCCAGGAGGCAGAGUCAGGAGGAUCUCUGAGUUUAAGGACAGUCUGGUCUACAGAGUGAACAGCUAGGGCUACACACAAAAAUCCUGUCUUGAGGAAAAGAAAAAAACAACAAAAAAAAAAAAAAAAGAGAGAGAGUUGGGCUUUUUGUAACCUUGUCCACUACUCAGCAAUGUCUAUAAGAUGGCUGUCAGGGCCUUCAGAACUUCAUGUGCAAAGGUUGGAUGAAUGUCUUACAGUCAUUGAUUUUCCAGAACUUCCCAGUGUCUUUGUAGAUUCCUGGGUCAGACCAUUCAUUCAUGCUGCUGAUUUCCCAGCACAACCAAGCUGAGCUCUACCUGUCAGCUCUACUCGGAGGCUCCAUAUGCUCACAACGAAUCCCGAGGAAAUUUGAGAUCUAGGGUAGACAUCACAGAGGACAUGUCUGCUGAUGUGAAUUUCUGCCAGAAGCCCCAGAAACUAGGAGCAGAGGAGCUGCACAAGUCAUGUGAGAGAUUAGUGACCUUUGAGGAUGUGACUGUGGACUUCAGCCAGGAGGAGUGGCAGUACCUGGACCCUGCCCAGAGAUGCCUGUACCAGGAGGUGAUGCUGGAGAUCUACAGCCACCUCUUGUCAGUGGGGGAAUCAAAGUAUGACUCACUACACCAAAUUUGUGAGAAAGCUGCUUUUCCAAAUGAUGUAUCAAGAGUAAUCACUAGCUGUGGUUCAUAUUGUUCCAUUCUAGAGGAACUGUGGCAGGAUGGAGACCCUAAACAGACAGAUCAGCAAAACCAGAUCACACCCUUGAGUCCUGGUGCUUUCUUCAAACAGAAAACACUGAUCAAAGACAAUGGUUAUAAAUGUGAAGCAACUGGGGGAUCCAUUCCUUUAGGCCCCCACCUUAUUCCUACACAAAAAAGAUCUCCAAGAUGUUACCCAUUUGAAAAAACUUUGCUGCCCAACCGUCAGGCAGAUAGUGAACAUCAGAGCAGUGCGACAAAGCAGCCUAAAGACAUUGUUGAGUCUUGUCAGUUCUUCACACAAGGCCUUUCUAAUGCUGUGUGUACAAGCCCUGACAGAGGAGAGAAAGUAUGCAAAGGUAAUCAGUUUGGAAACAUUGUCAGCCCUGAGCAACUAUUUAUGCAGCAUGAAAUUCUUGCCCAGGACCAGCCACUUGAAUAUAACAAAUAUAGGAAGAACCUCACUGCUAAAUCAACUUUGUAUCAGCAGCAAAUAACUAACACUACAGAGACACCUUUUAUUUGUCACAUGUGUGGGAAAUCGUUCCUUCAGAAAUCUGAGUUGUGUCUUCAUCCAGGAACAAACAGAGGAGAGACACCUUACGAAUGUCCUGACUGUCGGAAAUCUCUCACGAGUACAUCCAGCCUGCAGGUGCAUCAUGAAAUUCCCACAAAGGAGAAACCUUAUAUAUGCCAUGACUGUGGGAAACCAUUCAGUUAUGCAUCCCACCUAAAGGUGCAUCUUCGAAUACACACGGGUGAGAGACCAUAUGUGUGUUCUGACUGUGGGAAGGCCUUCAGCCAAAAGUCAGUCCUCACCACACAUCAGAGAAUUCACACUGGGGAGAAGCCUUACACAUGUAGCUACUGUGGGAAGUUGUUUGUUUAUGCAUCAGAUCUGAAGAAGCAUAAUCGGUUUCACACAGGGGAGAAGCCUUAUGAGUGCAGCGACUGUGGAAAGUUGUUCAGUAAUAAAUCCCACCUGCCUGUGCAUCAUCGGAUUCACACUGGGGAGAGACCUUACAAGUGCUGUGACUGUGGGAAGUCAUUCAGAAGAAAAUGCCACCUUAAAGUGCAUCAUCGGGUACACACUGGUGAGAAACCUUAUGUAUGCUCUGAGUGUGGUAAGGCCUUCAGCCACAGUUCAGUUCUCAGUACACAUCAGAGAAUUCACACUGGGGAGAGGCCUUACACGUGCAGCUACUGUGGGAAAGCCAUGUCUUCUAGAGCACAACGGAAUGAGCAUCUAAGGAUCCACACAGGUGAGAAGCCGUAUGUGUGCAUUGAGUGUGGGAAAGCUUUUAGUGGUAGAUCUUCUUUACAAGCGCAUCUUACAACUCACAGCAAUAAAAAACCUUUUAUGUGUCACAAAUGUGGGAAAGGCUUCCUGCGCAAGUCACGAUUGUUAUCUCACCAGCAAACUCACGCUGGUGAGAAUCCUUAGGCGUGCUGUGUGUGCACGCACCUAAGUUGACAGUUGUUCUGUCAACUAAAGGUACAUCAUUGAAUUGAAAUGGAAGGAAGAAAAUGUUAGUACUUUACUGGGAAGGUUUACAGUAGCUCAAGGCGCAUCGAUUUCUGUGCGGAAUGUUGAGGUAAGCCUUUUGGAGGCCCAUAGGGCAAGUGAAAUGUCAGCAAAUCCUAUGACUUCUCGAAAGGUCCUGAUCCACUGCACACAGUGUUGAUCUACUCCUAGCACGUGAGUGAAGUCUCAAAAUGGAUCCGAGACUAUUACGGUGACUGCUUCCCCCUUUAGGUCAGAGUCACUCCUAAGGUGACCCUGACACCCCCCCCCCAUCUCACAUUUCCUUAAAGUUGCACCAACCUGGUUGAUUGAUACUGGUGCUUGAGGCUAGCAUGGGAUGGUCUGAUUGGUCUUUCAAUCAUUUAAAGGCUGUUACACUGGACAAUAAAGUUAGAUCUGCACCAUUGA